AUGGCGAUAACCUGCAAUUGCCCGAUGUCGCAGCCGGGCCCCACACUGGCCGCCACAUGCGGGGGCGGCGCCUUCAUGCUUUUCAUGGGACUGUUAGAAGUUUUCCUCAGAAGCCAAUGUGACUUGGAAGACCCAUGUGGAAGAACGCAGUAUCGUCGACACAUGGACUCGGUAUACGAUUUCAUAGUGGUUGGCGGUGGAUCAGCGGGCUCAGUGGUGGCGUCCAGGCUCUCUGAGGUGCCGGAGUGGAGGGUGCUACUCUUAGAGGCUGGCUUUGACGAGCCUACUGGUGCCCAGGUUCCCUCAAUGUUCCUCAACUUCAUUGGAUCAAGUAUCGACUGGGGAUAUCACACAGAACCUGAACCGGCCGCUUGUCUUAGUGAAAAGGAUAGAAAAUGUUACUGGCCCAGAGGGAAGGUCUUGGGUGGGACAUCUGUAAUGAAUGGCAUGAUGUACAUACGAGGUUCCCGCAAAGACUAUGACGAUUGGGCGGCAGCAGGCAACGAGGGCUGGUCCUACGAAGAAGUUCUUCCGUACUUCAUGAAGUCCGAAGAUAAUAAGCAGAUAGAGGAGAUGGACAAGGGCUAUCACGCCACAGGAGGGCCGUUAACAGUAUCUCAGUUUCCUUACCAUCCACCUCUGAGUUACAGUAUUAUUAAAGCCGGAGAGGAAUUAGGAUACCAAGUUCGAGAUCUAAAUGGAGAAGCUCACACUGGCUUUUCAAUCGCACAGACCACGAAUCGUAAUGGCUCCCGUUUAAGUGUGGCCCGCGCUUUCCUUAGACCAGCCAAAAAUCGCCCCAACCUACACGUGAUGCUUAACGCUACGGUCACCAAGGUUCUAAUCAAUCAGACUACAAGACAGGCAUAUGCCGUCGAAGUGAGGAAUAGUUUCGGUGGAACUGAAGUUAUAUUUGCCAACAAUGAAAUCAUUUUAAGUGGUGGUGCUGUAGCAUCCCCCCAGAUCCUUCAACUGAGUGGUAUAGGUGAUCCCGAAGUCCUCUCUCGUGCAGGCGUCCGCCUCGUGCACAAGCUGCCUGCUGUAGGACGUAACCUCCAUAACCAUGUGGCCCACUUUCUCAACUUCCACGUUAACGACAAUAACACCACUCCUCUUAACUGGGCCACUGCGAUGGAGUAUUUACUUUUCAGAGAUGGACUCAUGUCUGGGACUGGAAUCUCCGAAGUGACCGCGCUUAUUAACACAAAAUACGCGAAUCCUGAAGACGACAAUCCAGAUGUGCAGUUAUUUUUCGGUGGAUUCCUAGCGGAUUGUGCAAAAACAGGAAUGGUCGGAGAGAAACUUGGAGAUGGCUCUAGAAGUGUACAAAUUUUCCCCGCCGUCUUGCAUCCUAAGAGUCGGGGACGACUGGAAAUAGCCAGCUCAGAUCCAUUCGCUUACCCAAAAAUUUAUGCAAACUACCUGACUCAUCCCGAUGAUGUCAAGACAUUGAUAGAGGGCAUUAAAUUCGCCAUCAAGUUGUCGGAGACAAAAACUCUUAAGAAAUAUGGCAUGAAAUUAGACAAGACCCCAGUCAAAGGUUGUGAAAAAAUCAAAUUUGGCUGCGAUGCGUACUGGGAGUGCGCGGUGCGGAUGCAGACCGCGCCGGAGAAUCACCAGGCGGGCUCCUGCAAGAUGGGGCCUCGCGGCGAUCCUACUGCGGUCGUAGAUAACUUUUUACAGGUGCAAGGCAUAGACCGACUGCGCGUAGCAGACGCAAGCGUGAUGCCGGCGGUGACCUCGGGCAACACCAACGCGCCGACCGUCAUGAUCGGCGAACGUGCCGCAGACUUCAUUAAGAAACGCUGGCUCGGUGGAACGACCGUUCCAUACCCGCUCAACAACGAGGGAGGGGUGUCGAACGUGCUGUCAGUCAGCGAAAGCCGGUACCCGGGCUGGCAACGCUGGGCCUGAUGUAAACCCACCUUUAGUCAUAAGUUUAACCACUAGUAGAAU